AAUGUUAUAAAAGAAUGUUAUAUAAGGUGUGACUGCUGAUUGUACUGUCCUAUUUCGUAUUUUGAAGAUGUUGCUUUUAGAAAUUGUAUACUUAAUAGCCGUUUAUAAAUAUGUUAUUGCUGAUGGGAUUACAGAUGACGGUUACAUUCUGAAUUUUGAUUCACCAAUUUACGUUUGCUCAGAUGAAGACAGCCAAAAAUUCAUAGACACUUCCCGGGUGGAAGUGAAACGGCACAACGAAACGACGACCUAUAUGACUGGAUCCAUAGAAUUCCACAAAGGAAUUCAAACUGCUACUAUGUUGGAAGUGGUAAUAGAAAAGGACAUCGGCGGUAGCUUUGAAAUGUUUGCAUCUCAUGAAAUAUGUGAUUUAUGUAAAGAAAUACAAGAUAUGGAGAGCCCUUACGCUGAAUAUUUAAAAUGCUUCGGAUUUCCUGAGAAAUGCCCAUUUCCACCGAAUACUUUCGCCAUUCAAGAUUUUGUACCAUACACAAAGGAUUUGCCGAUCAACAGCGCGACCGCUGGCCGUUACCAGGUUACGAUGAACAUUUAUAAUAACCCGGAAAGUAACUGCUUAAAUGAGAAAAUAUUCAUAGCAUGUCUUAAGCUCGAUUUUAUCAUUGAACCUUUGUAAAAAUUAUUAUUGUUAUGUGAUGAUUAAUAUGUUUGGCUAAAA